AUGGAAGAUACCAGCGAUGAAGAAUGCAACACUGGUUUAUAUCUUGGAUUAGGAAUCAAAAGGGAGAAGAAGAAGCAGAAAUUAACUAAUAAACCUUGUUUCGACCUAGCUUUCGAGCUUUGUCCGAAAACUGAAGCUAUCAAAGUACAUACUAGUCAUAACAACAACACUAACGAUAACAACAAAAAAGGUGAGAGAUUCAGUUUGGAGUAUUAUCCCAAUGCAACAACAUGCAGCACCGAUUCCGAUAACAACAACAACACCGAUCGGAGAAAGAAACUCCGGCUGACAAAGGAACAAUCCGCCAUGCUUGAAAACACCUUCAAGCUCCAUAAUACUCUUAAUCCGGUGCAGAAAAAGACACUUGCAGAUCAAUUGAAGCUAAAGACUAGACAAAUAGAAGUUUGGUUUCAGAACAGGAGAGCAAGGACGAAGCUGAAGCAAACAGAGAUAGAUUAUGAAUUGCUGAAGAAACAAUGUCAAAAUCUAAGUGAUGAGAAUAAGAGAUUGAAGAAAGAGUUGCAGGAACUGAAAGUAAGACAAUCUCCAUUAUGCCCUCAACGUUUAUCAAAACCUGUUUGUUCUUCCUGCGACCAGAAACUGUUGAAGCGCAAUGAAGACAACAACAACAGCAAUUAA